AACGACAAUCAUCAAACCACGCCUCGUAACCUUACCUAUCACAUCGGACCGCAAACCAUAUAAUUCAUUCAAUCCUUCUCGACCACUUCACGAAUCGAAGAGAAAGGUGGAGGAAAUAAAAGAGAGAGAGGAAUUAUUGAUUGGCAUCGUGGAAGAUAAGGGAAGGAAGGGCAGAAAGAAAGAAAGAAAGAUUCACCUUGGGAAUAAAUUCAAUUCACUCUUCCGCAUAAUUUCGCCCUGUCGCGACUCUGUUGUGUUGCAAUACGGUAUCGUUGCGACAAUGCUUAGGCCGUGAUAUUUACCAAUAGCUACAAAACAUCACAAUAGCAAAUCCCUUCUAUUGUCAGUCUGCAAUACGGUAUAACUUCACGUUGCGCGUACAUCAUAAAUUCAUUUUGAGAAUUGUAAGUUUGCUUUUCACUCUCUAAUUCCAAGUCGUGUUUCCUAUGGAGAUAUCACCAAAAGAUAUCACCGCCAAGAUGUCGAUCCUACACCGCGAAAUUAUAAUGAAGAAGAGAUUGGAUCGAUUCGUGAUUGCUGAUAUGGUUGCUACAGAGAGGAUGGAGAAGAAGAAAGCUAUGGAUGUCGCCUGCAGAUCCACGACUACCAUCGGGGGGUUGCAGAACCUGUUUCGUGACCUUGCCGAAGAUGAACUCCCAGAAGUAAGCUCGCACAUUCUAAAAAUGUAAGAUGAGGUUGACUGACUGUUCGCAGACGCCGCACCUCCUUGAAAUCAUCGAUGCCGAAAAGGGAAAAUGGAAUUCGCGGUCCCACGAAGAGCUCAUAGGAAUACCUUGGAACCUACCUUCCGAGCACUCAGAAGCUCGCAAGCUUCAGUACAUGACUGUUUUCUCUACUGGGGAUCGCGACCUUCAAGUCCCAAAAGCCUUUGAUCAUGAAGAUCUAGUAGGGAGUCCCUCGAACAGUGCAGGUCGAAGUAGCCUGAAUACUCCUCAAAGAGACCCGAACAAAAAGAUCUCGUUUGCGGCUUACCAUAAGAUGAAGAAAGAUGGAAUUAAGCCUAUAUCAAGAACAUCUGCAACUCCGGAUUCAGCUCUUCCAAAGGGUCAUGCAAGAAGUACGAGUAAUGUCUCCAAUGCGACUCCGAUGGCUCGCGGGUCUUCUUUCGAGGGUUCUUUAAAUGGCGACAUACAAAAGAAUGGGAAUGCGGUACACCCCGCGAGCAAGGUAGAUCAUGGAGUCAAGAAUGGUAUUGAUAGGUAUGUUUUAGUGAUUGCUAUAUUCACAACUCCGUUAGGGAUUGCUAACAUAGUCAUAGAAAUCCAAACCCUCCCCGAAAUAAUUCUACCAAACCGCAACAUCUCGCCAAUGGCAUGAAGAACCGCACGGAACAAACAAAGGAUACCUCGAGGUUUAAAGAAUUGAAUACGCCACAAAACAGACCAUCUACAAAAAUGGGCUCUUCAAUCCCUACCUGGGAUGCACCCAUGAAGCACAGCUUACCUCCCCGGCCACAAUCCCCACGAAGAGUGGUCUCUGAUGGCAGAAACAACAAGCGACCAACGGAAUCAGACGAACCAUCUUAUGCAGAGAAGCGUGCCAGAACUGAUCGUGCAAAUUCGCAUCUUCAAAAAAUCGUCAAACCAGAAAAUAAUUCGUCCAAGGCGAAAGCCCCUCCUUCCAAUUCGAGCAAGUCAGAUGACCAUGCAUUCAGAUCCUCCAAAGGAACAGGGGAAGCGAAAUCAAAUAGACCAUCCGGAAAACCUGUUCACAAUUUACCACCAUUACUUUCACCACUCCCUGCUGACUUAACUACUCCUACCACCUUCGAUAGCCCCAAGAAAGCCGAUCAAAAAGUUUCCUCGUCGAAUACUCCAUUCAAGGCCAAGCCGUCUGUUAAUGGGAAGAAACUCCCACCGAAAGAAUUGACGUUGCAACGAGAAGCUUCGCCAACCACACCUCCAAGAACGGCGUCACCCUUCAAACUUCCACCUUUACUUUCACCAACACUUCCUGACGUUGUCGAAGCAGCAUUAGCGGAGCUCAAAGAGAAAGCUGACAAGCAAAAAGAAAAUGAAAAGCUUACGCCUGCGCCUGAGCAUCAUCAAGAGAAAUCAAGUUUGUUGACGGUUGAAGAGCGUCAUACACAAGCGCGUAAACCUGAUGCACCUGGUGUCGCUCGCAAAACUGUCGGUGGUGCCAAAAUUGGCCAUCCUCCCAAAAGAUCUGCAUCAAAUACGCCUUUGCAGAAGCCUCGUGAAGUUUCAAAAGCUCCAGCUACAAGUCAAUCAUAUAUUGUCAAGUUGCCUUAUAGUAAAAGGAAGGCUACGACUAUUGAGCGCCUUGUCAGAUUAUCACCACGACCUUCACCAGAUUUUUUGAAACUUGAGGCUAUUAGAAAGAAAGAAGGCUACGAAGCCAUGAUGGCUCAUGGAUCUUCCAAGAAAGCUCCCGUCUUCUCCGCCGAUGUCGUUUUGGCGGACACUGCAUCAGAAUCUGAAGAGGAGAUACCUUUAUCAACUCAAAGCAGAAAGACAGUCUCCAAGAAACGCCCUAGUGAUGUCCCUCCUUCAAACUCUGAGCCCCCAACAAAACGCGCGAGACGUCCUGAUAAUCUUGAGGUUACGUCUGCUAGAAAAACAGUUCCAAGUCCACUGAAAUCUCCUAUGCGUCCUGGACCAUCUCAAAAAGGUUUACUUGCCACACCCAAGAAAAAGGAAGGUUCCAGGGGUGCAAUUAUGGCCAGAGUUACUUCUAGCGAUGGAAAUCCUGAAACUCCUCAUGGCACUAAUAUUACUGCAACGACUCCUCAAAGUAUCUCGGCAACCAAAUCUGAGCAGAUCAGCGAGUUUGCUCGCAGCCUCAAGAAAAAGGGUGAACGUAUGACGAGAAUUGAUGGUGAUCAACUCAACCUUAAACCUGUUGCUGAACGGACAGCUGGGGUAAUGGUUGUGGUCGAGUGCAUUUGCCAGUACAUGAGAUAUUUUAAGGGGCUUCCUUGUGCUAGUCCCAAGGAAAAUAGCUACAACCAAAGACAAGCCAACGCCAACAAUUGGGAAGGAAUCGUUGCGAUGCUCAAUUGGCUUGGGAAUAUCAGUAAAGAUAUUCCUGUUCUCCAAGUAUUAUUUGUUCAUCUCCAAGCCUUUGCGCUCGAAGAACUAACUCGUGCUUUGAGCGGUAUACGAAAUUCACCAGGCAAUUCUGAAGAGGAUCGUACAAAGGAUCGCGGGGUUUGGUCUAAACAGCAUUCAGCCGAUUUAAAAAGGCAAGAUGCCUGGCGACAAAGUCAUAAUGUCGGAUACAGACUUUUAAAAGAUUUGUCCUGGAAGGGCGAGCCUACUGUCAUUGGACCUUGGACUACUGUUGAUGCCAUCACAGCUUAUUGCAUGGAAGUUUGUGCUGCAUACAACAAGAAGGAGAAAUCUGGCUGGGCAAAGGAAGUAGAGUUCUAGUCGCCUUUUAUACUUUAGCCCUACUUCCUACGAGGUAUUAUAUUCUACGCUAUCACGACGGAAAACUCGAUGUAAAAAGACCCGGUGACUUACGGAUUCGAAAUCUUACCUCUUUGAAUUUCUAUUAUAAAUUCGCUUCAUAUUUUUUUUGUUUUUACACACUUUUCUACAGUACAAUCAAUACUUAACGCACGUAUUUGAGGAUAGCGUUCGGAUGAAUGGGUAUCGGGAAUGGAAUGGUAUGGAUUGGAGUGUGUGGUGUGUGGAGUGGAUGGCGUUUUUCGAGAUUGCUUCUUGGACUUUUUUGCACAUUACACGGUUUACUAUUUGGGAUGGAAUCAUGGCACUAUACCCAGAAAUCUUUGCAACUGCUUUUUUUUUUACAUGUGGACGGAUAGGGGUCAUAUGGUUGAAGUCGAGGAUUUCAAAUUUUAGCUUUCCUAUAUCGAGAUUUGGAUGGGAGGUUGGCUUGCAUGGAUGGGCGGAUGGAUGAAUUGGAUUCGUAGCUCACAAGGUAUUUGAAGGAUUUGAAUCGGGGAUGUUGUAUCAUAGAAUGGAUUUCAAAAUGGACGGAAGAUCCACAGAUGGAUGGAUGAAUGGAUGAACGGAUGGAUAUAAUAUAUAGAAAACAAUUGAGAAA